CGCACGCACCGAAGCCGCCGGAGAAGACAACGACGCCAUGGACGCCGGCGAGUGCUCCAGCUCCCAGCCCUGCGCGCCCUCCCCGGACGCCUCCGGCGGCGGCGUCUGGGCCAAGCUAGUGCCCGCCGAUUCCGCGUUCCCGGAGGUGGAGCUGGACGAGGAGGACCCCGUGGUGUGCUCCCGGGUCACCCCCGCCGGCGGGGAGGAGGUCGCGUGGUGCGAGAUUAGGCGCGGCGCCGACGCGUCGUCGGCGACGAUUAGGAAUUUGAGCUCGGAUGCAAUUAUUGUUGAUGGAAGAAUUAUCCAGCAAGAAGCGGUUGACAUUAAACCAGGGAGUGAAAUUGUUCCAGGACCCCAGAAAGACGGGCAUUUGUUGUACACCUUCGAUAUAACAGACUUGAAGGACCAGGACAAAAAUAAUAUCAAGAUUGUGCUGGAUAUUGAGAAUGCAAAAUGCAGCAUAUGCUUAACUUUGUGGCAUGAUGUUGUUACUGUUGCUCCAUGCCUCCACAAUUUCUGCAAUGGCUGCUUCUCAGAGUGGUUAAGAAGGUCUUCUGCUAAUUCACGAGAUAAAAGUCAGAGUGCUGCAUGUCCACAAUGUAGGACAGCAGUGCAAUCAGUUGGUAGGAAUCACUUCCUGCAUAAUAUUGAAGAGGCUAUUCUGCAAGCCUUUUCAUCACUACAGCGGUCUGACGAGGAGAUUGCACUGUUGGAGUCAUAUGCCUCAGUCAAAACAAAUAUUGUUUUGGGGAAACAGAGAAACCAGUCAAGGAAGCGCCGUUUGCCACGUUCAAAUGAUGAAAUUGACCAUACUGAUCGUGCUGAUUCUCUAUGUCCUCAAUGUGAGAUAAUUGCAGGUGCUGAAUUUGGUGGAUUUAGGUGCAGUCCAGGUGCUCCGCACUUGCCAUGUAAUGGCUGUGGAGGAAUGAUGCCAGCCAGACCUAACACCACUAUACCGCAGAAAUGUUUGGGAUGUGAUAGGGCAUUUUGUGGUGCUUAUUGGUGUUCCCUAGGAGUGAGUUCAAGUCAGCAUAAUCCAAUCUGUGAUCAGGAAACUUUCAAGAUGAUCUCUCAGCGCCAUAUCUCUAGUGUUCCUGUUACAAUUCAUGGUGGCAAUCAAUAUGAAAAAGAUAUUACAGAAAGAUGUAUACAACAAUCAGGGAAAGCAUUGCAAGCUGUAAUCUCAGAGUGGACCGUAAAGUUUGACAACAAGGAGCUUGCCAAUGCUACAACAAGUUCAUUGAUUUCCUGCUGUACUGGUUCCGUGUAUCAAUGCCCAGAAAUCUCCUUCCACCUGAUGCUGCUAACAGGGACAGCUGCUGGUAUGGUUUCAUGUGCCGAACCCAGCACCACCGGCCUGACCAUGCGAAGAAGCUCAACCAUGUCUGCCGUCCAACAAGAGGCAACCCCUAGUCUGCCCCUUUACCUGAACCAAUCACCCAACAGUGGCAGCAAUGUACAGCAAAACAUCAAGCCCCCUAGCCUCUAGUCUGGUUUUAUUAUUACGUCCGUUCCACAUUAUAAGACUUUCUAGCCUUGUCUAGAUUCAUGUGUGCUAAUGAAUCUAGACAUAUAUAUAAAAUAUAUACAUUCAUACAUGGAUGAAUUUAGGUAAAGCUAUAAAGUAUUAUAAUAUAAAACCGAGGCAGUAGUGUUUAACAGCUCUGUCUGAUUUGUAGGAAUGAUUGUCAACCACAUGCAACCAAUGUCAAAUGUCUAAACCGAUACAACCUGUUUCUCUUAACCUCAUAUCAACGUCUACUAUAUGUGAUGUUCCAUAUUAUUGUGACUUAUGC